UUUGAUAUUUCAGCUUCAUGGUUUAAAGUUGGACUUUCACCUGAAACUCUUAGAAGAACAAAUCUUGGAGAGUUGAAAGUUGGUGACAAAGUAAAUUUAGAAAGGGCUUUAUCAUUUAAUGAUAAAUUUGCAGAAAUAAUUUCCAUUGAACCAGAAAAUAAUUCAUUAUGGUAUAAAUUGAAAUUGAUAGAUCCAUCACAUAUAAAAUAUGUUAUACCAAAAGGUUAUAUUUGUGUUGAUGGUACUUCGCUGACAGUAUGUGAAGUAAAUAAUCAAGAAAAUUGGUUUAGUGUAAUGUUGGUUGCUUAUACUCAAGAAAAUGUUAUCAUGCCAACUAAAAAAAUCGGUGAUAAAGUGAAUCUUGAAGUGGACAUGUUGGGAAAAUAUGUUGAAAAAUUAAUUGAAUCAAAAUUAUUCAGUAGCAUUAAUAGUAGCAGUAGUAAUGAAAAUGGUGACAAUUAUAUUGAAAGAAUU